AUGCUCCGAUUUACUGCUAAAAGUCUUGAGAAAAGCACCUUUAAAGUGGCCACCAACGGAGUACAAUCAGAUGAGCAGGAAAUGAAAACGGGACUAUGUCAAGGAUCGGUGCUGAGUGUCACGUUAUUUUUAAUUGCCAUCAACACGAUCGUUGAUUGUCUACCUCAGGGUGUACAUUGCUUUAUUUAUGCUGAUGAUGUAGCCUUGAUUGCUGAGGGAGUAAGCCAUGCAGAAGUAGAAGCGAAAUUGCAAAGCGCGCUAAACGCCAUCAGCCAAUGGCAGAACGAAACUGGAUUUAAAAUCUCAGCAGAAAAUUCCUCAACAAUGAUUUUCAAACGCACCACUGCACGAAAAAUACAGUUGAGCAAACUUGUGUUGGAAGGAGAAUCAAUCGCACUAAACAAAACGCAUAAAUGCCUCGGAGUAACGAUUGAUCAAAGAUUACUUUUGCACAAGCAUGUGGAAGAAGUUGCUUCAACUUGCAAACAGCGGCUUCAGUUCCUUCGCUACGUAGCAAAUACAUCUUGGGGAGGGGACAGAGCAACAAUAACAAAACUAUACAAAGCAACUAUUCUCGAAAAAAUGCUAUAUGCUGCACCUAUGUUAUCGUCUAUCCAAAAUUCAACAAUGCGAAAGCUCGACACCAUACAUAACGCUGGUUUGCGAGCGAUUAGUGGAGCUUUCUACACUAGUCCUAUAGCUAGUCUGCAUGCGGAGUCAGGAAUCCCCGAACUGCGAGUGCUAAUACAGCAACGAACUGCAAUGCUCUCGGCCAAACUAUUGGCCAAUGAUGAUUCUACAGGAGCCAGAGAAAUAGAAGAACAUAAUAGAACACCAAACACCCAAGAGGAAGAACUUGGUACAGACAACAGUAGCAGCUCCGGCGAACUGUGGGGAGAAACCCAAACAGAGCAUAGAGAACCUACAAUAACACGGGGUAAUCAACUUUUGGAACAGCUAGGAAUGGAACUACCAGGUAUAAAAGUCUUUGCGAUGCCAAACUGCGCCCCCUGGGACCAAAAAACCAUACCGAUUGACGAAAGCCUGUACCAUGAAACCAAGCGAACAUCCAAUAGCAUGGUAAUCCAGAAACUAUUCUCAAAGCUGAAGGCAACACGUUACAGGUAUCAUCAGACGCUAUAUACAGACGGAUCAAGGAAAGACGGUAAAAGUGGGUUCAGUGUUGUUGGAGAGAAUGUAACCAUAAGACGGCGAAUUGAUGACACGAGUAGCAUUUACAAAACAGAAAGCGAAGCUGUCAAAGAAGCUACUAACCAGGAUGGAGCUGAGCACUACCUAAUAUGCACAGACUCACUCAGCGUGAUUUCAGAAUUAGAAAAAAAGAAAAUUACAAGUAAGUGGAGAGACGAGAUGGCGAUGCUGUUCAAUCGCUGCAAUGAAACACGCAAGCACAUAGAUUACUGCUGGGUGCCGAGUCACAUCGGUAUACAAGGUAAUGAAUUAGCGGAUAGAGAAGCGAAAGCCUCACUGGAAGGUAACAUCGACCGAACGAUAAAACUGAACUACAAAGAGAUACAAACAAAUAUCAAAAAUUAA